AUGGCUUCUCUCGUACGCGCUGCUACUCGGUCCGCCCGCAUCACCCCCAGCGCCGCGGCACAUGUCCGCUGUCUGGCCACCCCGGCAAAGAGUUUCCGGGAGACACUCGAGGCAGGGCCGUCUCUGGACGACUUCAUCGCAGGAGACUCUGCUCCAGACCGAGUGGUGCUAGGGAACACCAGCGCCCCGCGUCUGCCGUCGUACCUCAAGACAUCAAUCCCAAAGGGAAAAUCCUUUGCAAAGAUCAAGAAGGAUCUUCGCGGCCUUGGACUGCACACCGUUUGCGAGGAGGCACGGUGUCCGAAUAUCGGAGACUGCUGGGGCGGCAAGGAGGGUGCGACGGAGGAAGAGGGCAAGAGGGCUGCAACAGCCACGAUCAUGCUCAUGGGCGAUACCUGCACUCGAGGGUGUCGCUUCUGUGCUGUGAAGACGUCCAAGACUCCUCCGCCAUUGGAUCCGCAUGAGCCGGAGAACGUAGCCGAGGCCAUCAGCCGAUGGGAUCUGGGAUACAUCGUGCUCACCGUGGUGGAUCGCGAUGACCUCGCUGAUUCGGGCUGUAAUCACCUGGCCGAGACUAUCCGCAAGAUUAAGCAAAAGGCUCCACAUAUUCUUGUCGAGGCUCUGACGGGAGACAUGGACGGUAACCUCGAUCACGUUGCUGUAGCAGCCAAGUCUGGUCUUGACGUUUAUGCACACAACAUCGAGACAAGUGAGGCCAUGACUCCAUACGUACGCGACCGCCGCUCGUCGUUCAGGCGGAGUCUUGCCGUGCUCAAGCGUGCGAAGGAGGAGGGAGUUCGCGUGACAAAGACGAGUAUCAUGCUCGGCGUCGGAGAGACAGAAGAGGGGAUCAUGGACGCGCUCCGGGAGCUGCGCAAGGUCAAUGUCGACGUCGUCACCUUUGGGCAAUAUAUGCGCCCGACAAAGCGUCAUAUGAAGGUGGACCGAUAUGUCGAGCCUGCAGAGUUCGAGCGAUGGAAGCAGGUGGCGGAGGACAUGGGCUUCUUGUAUGUGGCGAGUGGCCCUCUCGUCCGCAGCAGUUACAAGGCUGGCGAGUACUUCAUCGAGAACGUCCUCCGUGGGAAGGGCGCGGAGAAGAAGACUCAGCAGUUGCUCAGUGCCGAAGCCGCAACAGGCGUCGGCCUUGCGGCUUAG